GCCGCAAACCACACUGCGUCAACGGUUCCGUUGGACCCUUCUUCUUCCUCUUUGUUGGAUCUGAUUGACAUCUCGACUAUCUCUACUCCAUCCUCCUCUUCGCAGAUCUCCUCAACACCUUCCUCCUCGUCUCUAUAACCUAUUCCUCCUAUCCAUAGUAUCCUUAUCAGUCCUCCGCCGCCGUCCCCGCCUUUAUCAGACCUCCCUCCCGGCGGAAAGUCUUGCCUCACUUCCAGGUUGUCCGAUUCGCAAUCUCCGCAACGCUCAUCUCGAAUACGAGAGCCACUGCGAACCUCCUGCGGCGCGCAAUCCUCCCUAACAACAACACCUGUCGACCUACGAUAACUCGGCGUUCAACAAGCCCAGGAUGCCUUUGUGCGGUGGUAAGAAGGUGGUGCAGCGCAAACUCGUCCUGCUGGGCGACGGCGCCUGUGGAAAGACCAGUCUGCUGAAUGUGUUCACUCGCGGCUUCUUCCCAACUGUCUACGAACCCACGGUCUUCGAGAACUAUGUCCACGAUAUCUUUGUUGACGGCAUUCACAUGGAAUUAUCAUUAUGGGAUACUGCUGGACAGGAAGAGUUCGACCGAUUGCGAUCUCUCUCAUACGAUGACACGCAGGCCAUCAUGUUGUGCUUUAGCGUUGACAACCGUGGCUCCCUCGAAAAUGUGUCCACAAAAUGGAUCGCCGAGAUAAAUGAACACUGUCCCGGGGUCAAGAUUGUUCUAUGCGCCCUCAAGUGCGACUUACGAGAGGAGCACGAAAAAGACGAUGACGAGGAGAAUGGGGCUCCCCCGAGACCUAUGAUCCAAUAUAACGAAGGAUUAGAAGUUGCGCGACGCAUCGGAGCGCUGCGAUAUCUUGAAUGCUCGGCGAUGCGAAACCGAGGCGUAAAUGAAGCUUUUACAGAGGCCGCCCGAGUGGCGCUGCAAGUCAAGCCGGCUCGCUCGAAAGACGACUCAAAAUGUACGGUGAUGUGAUGAAGUCCAGGUUCGACAACACUGUCAACUUUUCCACCUUGGCCUCACGCCCAGGCUUUCCUCCUGCCACCUCGCAUUUGCCCUCUCAGCUGGGCCUUUUCCCUAUCCGCGCCUCUCGAGGACAUACUAUCUUGUGUACAUACCCCUCCCUUCGCCUCAUUCGCGCCUUUCGCCGCCUUUUUUUAGAGCAAGAGAAAGAUUUGUCGGUUCUUAGCGUUGCAGUUAUUUUUGGUUGAACCUUUUGGAAAGCCUGAAGGCAUUACGAUCUGGCGUUUUGAUGUUGGUUGAGUUCCAAAGUUUUGGACAUUGCAACGAGACGAUGGCGAGAUUUUUUGAUCGGUGGCGGGGACCCAUUGGGAGAAAGAAUCUGUCCCGACUCAAUUGCGCGGUUCGUACAGCGUGUUGAUCAAGCGAUGAGGCAUCCUGCCACAGCUCGAAAUCUGAUCCUCGGCACGAAAAAGUUUUGAUAGAUUCUUCAAUCUCUGAUCCCGUUCACCAAUGGUUGACCAUUACUUCUGCCUCUCUCCCCUGUGGCAGGAUGCCCAGGAGCACUUGAUGGUGGAGCAUCUUCAUCGACCAGGACCCAAUCUUUGACACCUCCCUUCCAAUCCGCUAUCCUUCCUUCACGCACGGGAACAAUGACCACUCUCACAUCAUCUCCUUCGAUAUAACAGCUACUGUUCUCCGCGUCGGCAUGGGCCGGCUGUCCGCUGAAAAACCCUGCCUCUUGCGUCACUUGAC